AUGUCCGCUAAAGCAGAAAGCGAAGCCAAAGACCCUCGAAUAAGUUUAUUAUUCUCGGUUGAAGCAUCUGAUUAUUACUACGAUCUAAUCUCGAGGUGUAUAGGUACAAUUUCACUUUGGAUACCAAAAAAUAGUGUAGUGUACAUAUGGUCUAAGCAAUGCUGGAAGAAGGCUCAUGCAGUCUGCUCUUCCUCUAAACAUUUAGUGCAAGAACUGCUGAUUGUUAUUGCCGCAGUUCAAGUGAUUCAUACCCCAAUGUGCCUAGCAAAAACGCAGAUGAGUACAAGAGUAUAUAGUAAUAUUUACACAGGAAAAGUGUAA